AUGGUGAAAUUUUUUAGGAAGAACAUUUCGAUAUCUGACUUCUGGGUAGGGAAUCAUGAGAGAUUGAGUGAUUUUUACUUGUCGUCAUGGCAACCGGGAGAUUCGGUGGUACCGAUGUUGAUUGUGAGGCUUCUCCUGGCUUGUUUGGCUACUGGGAUCUUCAUAUGGUCACUCACCUCUGGUGCGAGCCCCUACUGGCUCAUAUACCUCACUAAUUGGGGUCUCCUACUAGUUACUUCGAUGACUUUAAGCGGACUUUUAAUCUCUAUUCUGGGGGUCUGCCAUAAAUUAAAAGAUGGUAGUGAUCUACCGUGGUACAUAAGCAUGUACUGGUUUCUCUACAACAUCUGCAUCACCAUUGCUAUCAUGAUCACAGGGCUCUAUUGGAUACUUCUUUACAAUCCAGACGACCAGACAGAAGAGAGCGCAGAAGUAUUCUGGCUAGACGUGGCCACACACGGCCUCAACUCAUGCGUGGUGUUCGCUGAAGUGGUUCUAUCUAGGACUCCAUUGAUGCUCUUGCAUAUUUACCAACCCUUAGGCCUGGGUUUGUGGUACGCGGCGUUUACUGGAAUAUAUUACGCAGCGGGCGGGACCGACAGUUUCGGGAACCCGUUCAUAUACGCCGUGUUAGACUGGAGGCAGCCACUCCGAGCCGGCGUGAUCGUCGCUGCAUCUGCGGCCAGCCUUAUCAUCGUUUACACGUCGUUGUGGGUACUAACUCUAUGCAGAGAUAAGAUUUCAACAGCCCUCGUACGAACCACGAGUCUGAACCUUCCGUUCACACCACCGGACCAACACGUGCCAAUAGGAAUAGUCUGA